AAUUUAUAUUCAUUAAUGUUGUUAUCUUGCAUGAGCACAGCUAACCAAUAAUAGUAGAUGCACCUAGGCCAUAAUCAUAACACAGGUAGGACCAACCAUGUCAAGUCCUCCACUCCAAUAGACAUGUUCCAGAAGACGAUUAAAGUUAUGUAUAUCUGAUAUCUUAUCUUUUGAUAGGUAAUAAAAUUUUAAACAUGAAGUGUUUCUCAUGGUUUCAGGAAGAGCACAUACAGAUAGUCAAGUUGAAAAAGGAGAGAGGAGAAACAGGAGCUCUGACAUGGCAAGACUACAAGAAAAUGGAGUUCACUAAAUGUGUAAGCUCUUGUAAUAACCCGGAGCUCAUAGAAAUGAUCAUUGUAAGGGAGACUCUUCGUCUUGGCAACGUUAUCAGGUUUGUUCAUCGAAAGGCAAGAACCAAUGUCCAAUUUCAAGGAUAUGACAUUCCAAGAGAUUGGAACAUUAUUCCAGUCUUUGCAGCUGCACAUUUGGAUCCCUCUCUGCAUGAUGAGCCUCACAAAUUCAAUCCAUGGAGAUGGCAGUAUGCUCCAAUAAAGUUUCUAUGUUCACCAACUAUAUGUGAGUCCAAUGAUUCAGAUUUGGUUAAAAAUCAUGAAAUUCUGUUUAUAUCCACUUACUUAUCUGUCUUCUUCUCCUUGCAGACUGUCUCUGCCAGCACUACAAGAGAUGACAGCUACAUGCCGUUUAGUCAUGGCAUAAGAAGAUGCCCAGGACAAGAGCUAACAAAGAUGGAGAUUACUGUUUUUCUCCAUCAUUUUGUCCUAAACUUUGACUGGGAAUUAGCAGAGGCUGAUCAUCCACUUGCCAGUCCUUUCCCUGACUUUCCCAAAGGCCUCCCCAUCAAGGUCCACAAGUUGUCACUUGACAUGUAAAACACCAAGAAAUGUGUUGAAAUGGACUAAAAAUAGGCCUUUACAAGACUUGCGCUUUGUAGGGGCUUUGGGGGCUCUGGUGUUGGAGUUCUAUUCUACAUUUCUGUGUUGUAGUUGGAAACUAGAAUUCUAUGCAUGCUAUGCAUGUGAUGUGAUCCCAAGAUGAUCAUAUCUAUAUUUGAUGAAACAUGGAGGGAUGUGAUUUAUAUUUUUCCUAUUUCAUUCAAUUUUCUUAAAUAGUAAAAAAAAAUAUUUAAAUAGUAAAGAAACAGAAAGAUUUGCUUCAGCAGAGUCUAGGCAUUUUCCUAAUAAGAUUCCAAUGGACUUCUUAAGAAACGUGAUUGAGUUUUUAAAGAGUUUAAUGCCCAUAGGGAGUCUCUAUCUUACAGCAUUAAAUUCUCAUUGUGCUCAACUAUGACUUUUUGGUGAAACAUUAACCAUCUUUAGGCUAAUAAUAGGUUAAGGUCCAAUUUAUCAUUAGUGCCUUAGAAAAAGUCACUUGAGCUUACCUGGUGUUUGAUUGCAAUUCAUGCACUAAAAAAAGUGUUGCAAAUUAUGAGUCACAAGUAAAAUAUGUCAAUCAUCAAAAACCUGAUUGCAUGAUUCAGUUACAAGUACAAUUCCUUUCCAGAACAGUACUUACAAGGUGAUCAACCAACCGCAAUUCGUCGUCAUCGUUCAUCAAUAAACAAGAACCUUGCGUGAUUAUGCAUAAAGAUUUCUUCCUUAUACGAAAACACUUAUAACCUUGACAAUCCAUCAGACUUGGGUCUCAACAAGUUUUGAUACCAUUUCAAGUGAUCCUCAUUUCUCCUCACAGAUCAACCAGCCUUAAUACAGUUUUUUCAUCUCAUGUCUUUUAAAUGCAGGUAAGCUAUGACAGAGAAAUACAUCAAUCUUUUCUUCUUCAACCAACCCUUACCAACUGUAAAUAGUUCAUUUAAGAUCCCACUGAACAGAUUCUUAUUUUUUAUCAUUCCUCAAGCUAUAAAGGUGUUGUUUUGGAAAAAAAGUUAGAAGUUUCUAUUUUCUCACAAUGCUGGUUUGAACCUUAAUCAUAACAAGUAUAAUGUAUACACCUAAAAUAACAUGACACAAUUAACUAGUUUAUCAGCAUUGUGGAACCUGACUGCAGUACCUAGAAACCAUUCUGUAAUAGCAUAGAAAUAUGGCUGAAAUCAAUUUUCUGUAGGUUAAAAUGAUUAGCAGAUUUUGUUGUUUUUGAUGUGCCUAAACCCUGAUACCAGCGGUGCAUAUUUAGAUUUUGUUAUUUCAAUGCCCCUCACAGAAGCAAUGGAUUUUAUCUGCUGCAAAGGAGUGACAGGCACAUAUCCGAAAAUCCGGUACAUCAAUCAGUUGAAAAUAAUAUAAAAGAUCAACAAGAAGGUAGGUUAUGAAUGAUUUUAGCAGCUUCUACAUCCAGAGAUAGAGAAAAGAAAAUGACUUCAGCAACAGGCAGUAAUAGGCGAAUUGAUCUCCCAGGUAGUCGUAGAUACCAGUAUAAUGGUAUUCAACUGGAACUGCAUUUCUAGUAAAUUUAUCACAAAUCAAGGGA